UAAUAAUAAUUGAGGUGGAUGGAAUUAAAUGCCGGUGGUGUGAGGAAAGAGAAUAAGGAAGAAGAGGAGAAAAUCAAAAACAAUACUCGCAGUCUCUGUAAAUCUAUUUUUUCAAGCCUCGGCCUCUCUCACUCGUAUCAUUUAUUAAUGUGAAGGAGGAGGAGGAGGGGCUUGAAUUCGAAAUGGGGGUUAUGUCGAGGCGGGUUGUCCCCGUCUGUAGCAACGUGUGUUUUUUCUGCCCUUCGCUUCGGGCGAGGUCGAGACAGCCUGUAAAACGCUACAAAAAGCUUUUGGCGGACAUCUUUCCCCGCUCUCAGGAUGCUGAACCAAAUGAUCGAAAGAUUGGGAAGCUUUGUGAAUAUGCUUUAAAGAACCCAUUACGUACACCUAAGAUUACUGAAUAUUUAGAGCAAAGAUUUUACAAGGAUUUGCGGAAUGAACACUUUGGAUCUGUAAAAGUUGUGUUGCACAUUUACAGGAAGUUGCUCUCUACAUGUAAGGAACAGAUGCCACUUUUUGCUAGUAGUUCGUUGGGAACUGUUCGAACUUUAUUAGAACACACAGGGGAAGAUGAGAUGCAAAUUUUAGGUUGCAAUAUUAUUGUUGAGUUCGUGAACAAUCAGGUGGAUAGCACAUAUAUGUUCAACUUAGAAGGACUUAUCCCAAAACUUUGUCAGUUGGCCCAAGAAGUUGGUGAUGAUGAAAGAACAUUACAAUUACGGUCAGCAGGACUUCAGGCUUUAGCUUUCAUGGUUAAAUUUAUGGGGAAUCAUUCUCAUAUAUCAAUGGACUUUGACAAAAUUAUAUCAGUGACUUUGGAGAAUUACAUGGAUCUCUCCAUGAACCCAGAAACUACCAAACAAGAUGGGCAUAGUACUCAAUCGCAGGAACAGUGGGUCCAAGAGGUGCUCAAAGUGGACAAUAAUGGUUCAUCAUUCCCGAAUAUUGGCAUGAAGAUCUCAUCUACAGAUAACCUCAUUAAUACUAAACGAGGCGUAGCUGACAUGAUGGAUACACAUGGAACUCCGUCUUACUGGUCUAGAAUCUGCUUGCAUAAUAUAGCUCAAUUGGCGAAGGAAGCAACAACAGUGCGUCGUGUACUUGAACCUCUAUUCAACAGUUUUGACAAUGAGGAUCUUUGGUCCUCAGAUAAAGGAAUUGCUUGUUCUAUGUUGACAUAUUUGCAAACACAGCUGGAGGAAUCAGGAGGAAAUUCUCAUUUGUUUUUGUCACUCUUGGUCAAGCACCUAGAGCAUAAAAAUGUUGGAAAACAGUACAGUAUGCAGAUAGAUAUUGUCAACGUUGCCACACAGAUCGCGGAGAAUGUGAAGCCACAGUCCUCAGUUGCAAUUAUUGGUGCACUAGCUGAUCUAAUGAAGCAUUUACGCAAAUGCAUUCAGAAUGCAAUCGAAUCACCAAACCCUGAAGAUGGCUCAUAUAAAUGUAAUUUGGAUCUACAGAUUGCAUUGGAAAAUUGCAUCUCCAAGCUUUCGCAUAAGGUUGGGGAUGUGGGACCGAUUCUUGAUAUGAUGGCUGUGGUACUAGAGAACAUUCCAGUGACUGGAGUAUUAGCUAGGACAGCAGUUUAUGUUGUUUAUCGGACUGCACAGAUUAUAUCUUCUCUUCCUAAUGUAUUAUAUUACAAAAAGGCCUUUCCCGAUGCCCUCUUUCACCAUUUGCUCUUGGCGAUGGCUCAUCCUGAUCAUGAAACACGCAUAGGGGCACACCAUGUUUUCUCCACCGUCCUAUUACCAUCCCUUACUACUCCUUGGUCAGUUCAUGGUGGAUACCCUUCACAAGACCUACUUGGCCCUCUAUUAGUGGGUAGCAUUGAAAGGCACUCUUUUCAGAAUGCGAGCAAAACAAACUCUGGACGUAUGAUAGCACCAAUGGAAGCUAGUGGAGUUGUCGGUAUGCAUCUAGAUAAGCCGAAGGAAAAGCCAUCGUUCGGCCAGACAUAUAGCUUUAAGCAUUCUUCUACUGACAUUAGCAAUGAAUCGACAUCCCUUCGUUUAAGUAGUCAUCAAGUGAGUCUUCUACUCUCCUCGAUCUGGGUUCAGGCAACAACUUUCGAUAACACCCCCACAAAUUUUGAGGCAAUGGCACAUACAUAUCAUCUCGUGUUGUUAUUUACUCUGUCAAAGCACUCCAGUCAUAAGGCUCUUGCACGGUGUUUUCAGUUGGCAUUUUCCCUUAGGAGCGUUUCUCUGGAUCAUGAAGGAGGUAUGCAGCCGUCACGAAGAAGGUCUCUCUUUAAUUUGGCAUUGUACAUGCUUAUAGUCACAGCUCGAGCGGGAAAAUUUUCAAAACUAAUUUCCCCUGUGAAAUCUUCUUUGACUAGUGAAACAGCUGAUCCUUUUCUUGAGUUGGUUGAAGAUAAUAAACUUAAAGUUGCACGUUCACAACUGGGUGAUGCAAGGAAUAGUUAUGGUUCACCAGAAGAUGAAAUUGCUGCUUUGAAGUCCCUUUCUGCUGUGAAAUCAGGAGAUGAGGUGUUGAAAGAAAUGGUAGUUGAACACUUUAUUUCCUGUAAAGAGUUGUCUGAGGAAGAGUUAUCAAGCAUAAAGAAGCAACUCCUAGAAGGAUUUUCUCCAGAUGAUGCGUAUCCAUUGGGCGGUCCCUUGUUUAUGGAGACUCCACAUCCAUGUUCUCCACUUGCCCGAAUGGAGUUUCAGGCAUUUGAUGAGGCAAUGCCCUCUGCAUUAAUGGAUGAAGAAGCAUUUCCUGAUCUUUAUGGUAGUUCAUCGGGACGGAAAACAGCUCUCCCUGUCAAGUCAAUUGAUAUUUUGAGUGUGAACCAGCUCUUAGAAUCAGUUCUGGAAACAGCUCGUCAUGUCGCGAGCUUUCCUAUCUCCUCAAUGCCCAUUCCAUAUGAUCAAGUGAAGAAUCAGUGUGAGGCCCUAGUAACAGGUAAACAGCAGAAGAUGUCAGCACUUCAAAGUUUCAAAUCGCAGCAUGAAGCCAAGGUGGUACUCUCUCUCAAUGAUUCUGAAAAGGAGACUCCUUUGGCAAAUGGGGUCCUGAAGGUUCCCGAGUUGGAUGUUACAGUGGCAACCUUGGAGCAGCCGAGUCAGCUUGUUGUCUUUCCACAUGAACAUGUGCAGCAACAAUCUUUCAGGUUACCGCCUUCAAGCCCCUAUGACAAGUUCUUGAAAGCAGCUGGAUGCUAAAUAGUCCUUGCUGUUUGUAUGUAACUAUAUGCCUACUUGGUCUCGGUUACCAACACCCUAUAAAUUUAAUAGUAAAACGCUUGAGGGUUGAAAAACACAAUUGUGUCUGUGUUGUGGGGUGGGCGGGAAGUUGUUAUUGUUUCAUUCUUUAUAUGCUCAUAGAGAGAGUCGUCAAUAUAUGGUUUUGUAUUGUAUAGAAGUUCCACUCUAUAAAUGUGUGCAAAUCUAGUACAAAAGAUAAAGCAGUGUCCGUAUCCGCUUCUUUUAUCUUUUCAUUAAUGCACUUGUGGAAAUACCUUGCAGAAAUCUUCAUAAAAUCUGCAAAUCUUAAUCCUAACACAAUUUUUAGUA